CGGAUCCGCCGCCAUCCGCGUUGCUGGGGCCCGGGACCGAGCGACCCGGGCAUAGAGGGACAGUCCGGGCGGUGCGCAGUCGUGCCCCGAGGACCGGGGCGUGUGGCGGCGGUGCGUGAGGGGCCCGCGGUAGCGGUACCGGCGGGGUGCCCCCGGCCCACGGUGACUUGGCGCUUGCCCGCAUUCGAAAGGCCUUCCCGUGGUGCCGGCCGCAGCGCGCUGCAGGCAUCCGAGCCUGGCGAUGUGGGCGAGCGGUGUGCCUGGCGCCUUUGUCAGGUUCUUCAGCAAGUUUAGAUGAUUGUUUUUCUUCCGUAAGGGAUCUGCGUGCUGUUCAGCGCUUCAGGCCGGAGCUGCUGUAGAGGCCGCGAAGGAUGCUGAGCUGCGACUUGGCAAACUGAAACAUGACUGAUACAGAUGAAUCCCAUGCUUCUGGCUCUGAUUACCCUGAUGCUCAAGAACUGAUCAGCCAUCAGCAGAGGGAGCCAUCUGAGGUGUAUUCAUGGCAAAGGAAUACAGGAACACAGCGUUCGGAGUCAAGGCAGAAAGGGGCUGCUCUUGGGGAGUCUUCAGAUCAUCCUAACAGCAUGUCUAAAUCAUCAGCAGCUUCAGCUGAGGUUUUACUAAUUAGCAGUGAUUCAGAAACUGAUGUCUCUGCUUCUUAUCCUGAGUGCUCCAUUGCAACUUCAAAGCAGAAAAGGAGAUCUCAAUCUUCAAGGCAGCAAGCUGAAUCUGUUACAGGAGUACGUGGUGAUGAAAGCUCCUCAGAUUCUUCUCUGUCUCCCCAAAGUCCAGCGAAAUCAUUGGAAGGUUCCAAGCAGCAGAAGUCAAAACUCAAUUUGAAGGCCAUUUUUGCCUAUCACUUCAGGGGAAGGAAGUUCAAAGCAGCUGCUCACCGAAAAUACAAAAUUCACUCAAAGAAGAAAAGGAAAAAGUAUGAGAGCACACAGAUGCCCACAGGGAGGCCCCCCCUGACAGCCUCACCUCAGGAACAAAAAAGGAGGCUUUUGGACAGAGGUUUUCAAUUCCCUUUUGUUGAAGAACAUUAUGGGAAGAAACAUAUUCCCUUAAAGAUGGUUCUUGGCUAUGAGCAAGCAGCUGCAAGGGGAUUUUUCAAGUAUAUUGAAGUGCUUAAAUAUGAGGAGCAUCUUAAAAAAGCUUUAAAAGCCCUUCAGGCCAGUGACGACUUAGAAAAAGAGUGUGUGGUGUUACGGAAACACAAAUACUUAGAUGACGAAGGCCCCAUUUCCCCUAUUCAGGAGACAGAGGAUGAUGAGGACAACUUGAAUUCUGAUACUCAGGAACAACUUGAUGCCAGAAUAGUGGAGAACAGCUCUUUCAUUCUAAGUAGCACAAUUCCCAGUAAAAAAAAGUCAAAGCCAGGAGGAAAACGUGCAAAACCACCUGAAGUGAUUGAAAUAGUGGAUGAAGAAGAUGGUGCUGAAGACAACUCGGUGCCUCUGCAAGGCUCACCUCGGUGAAAAGCAGAUGGAACAAAUGAGGUGGCAGUGGUUGUUCUUCAGAUACCUCUUUCAUGAACCUUUUUGGUUUAAAACAUUGGUCUGGAGUCAGUUUUGAGCUCUCCACACAGCUGCCUAGGCACGUUUGGCUUACUUUUAUGUUGCUUUUGGAAGAUGAAAUACUUGGUUUUCUUGCUGCACAAGGUAGAGAACUGCACACGCACAUUGGGUUGUUCUGAGGAGGAGGGUAUGUGAGAUUCUGAACUCCUCACCACAAUUACCUGGGUUCAAGCUACCUGUCUCUAGAACUGGAAGCAGGGGUAACUGUCAGUUUCCUCUACUGCUAACAGUAAGUAUAUGGUCAAUUGGGAAGUGGCUUCAAAUUCUGCUUCAAAAGUAGUAAAAAAAUAAACGUGCUCAGUCUGUUCCAGCACUUGAUCAGGUAUUGUCUUUCGCUGUAGGCAAAAACCUGGAACCUAGUGCUUAGAAAAAACCCUUCUUUUGCAACUCACAGCUGAUUAAUGUAUUAGUUGUGUUACUUAUAUGAAGGGACAAUAUUUGCAUAGCCUCAAAUAGCAUUCAUUCAUUCAAAUACUGAUCAAUCUGGUCUAAAUUUUCAGAAGUGUAGUUUGGUUGUAUCUUUGCAGAUGAGCACACAGUGCAGCAGCAGUUGUAACUUUUUGGGGAUCUCUUGAAUUCUUAGGGCUGUUUGCUGACCUUCUCAUUCAGGAAUCCGUUACUUGGGUGGAGAUCUGUGCAACAUGGUGUAGCAAAAGAGGGGCAUUCCUGUGAUGUGUGGAACAGAUUGGAAAACCUCUACACAAGUGAAGUGCACCUGAAGUCCAGUCUGAACCAGCAUCUUGGUCCUUAGAGAAAGUGAAGAAAGAAAUGCAGGAUGCCAUUUCACAGAAGUCUGAAGCUGAUUUGAGGCUGCAUGGCAGUUUGGUGAAGAGUACCUUUUAGUCCCUGACACCCUGUGGUGCAUGCACGAAGCUCAUGUAAAAUUCAGCUGUUGUGGUUGUGGGGUGGUGUGUAGCUGUUGCAGUGUUACAGUACCUGCACCCAGCAGCUUUCUCCUGGUGGGAUGGUCAAAAAGCAGUGCUACACCAGCGCAGCAUUUGGUGUCCUUGGUUUUCAUUCUGCUGUUUGCUAAACCUGGUAUUUUUGCUAAAACAGUCUAAUCUCUUCAGAGACUUCAGUGUACUUACUUUCUAUUUUCAUGUAACAAAUGAAAAUAGACAUUUUCAUUUGUCUUCAUUUUGAUUAUCCAUGUGACAACUGGCUCUACUGGCCUCUGGAACUCAGCAAGUGCAUGCAAUUCUUUCUAACCAGGUGUCUGAUGAUACAGAACAGAGUAAACUGCCCCGAGUUAAAAAAAUGGAAGCAAUCUGUUUGACAGGGUCUGCUGCCAAGUUGCUGUGUGUCAGAGGGGGAUGAGAAACACCACGUGGGAGCUACAAAAAUCCUGGUGAUGUUGCUGCAAGCCUGGUGCAAAGAACUGCACAGCUGUUCCAGAUGAAGAAAGAACCUUCUCUAGAGUGUUCAUUGUAGUUUUUUUUGAAUUAAACAUUCAUUUUAAUAGUA